AUGGCGGAGGGCAGCCCACUUCCAUUUCCCUCCCCUUCUGCGAUUCUGGGAGACCACCACGACUCGCCACCCACCUCAUCAGCAGCAGCAGCAGCAGCAGCAGCACCCGCUCCACCGCCUCCGCCCGAGCCCGCCAGACGUCCCAAGCACGCACGCAGUCCGAGCAGAAAGGACACCGUCAAGAAAGCGGUGCCCAAAAAGGCCGCUGCCGUAGAGGCAGAUGCUGGUCCUGACACUGUCAAGGGUGCCAAAGUCGACAAGCCCAAGCAGACCAAAAGUCGCAAUGGUUGCUCCACGUGCAAGGCGAAGCGGUUAAAAUGCGGAGAAGAGAAGCCCGGCUGCCUGAACUGCUCCAAGAGGAACGUCGUUUGCGGAGGCUACAAAAAAGUCUUUCAAUGGCGCGACUAUGGCAGCCAGCAGGUCAAGACCAACAUUGUCGGCCAGAAGCAAGCCACAUCUCGCAUCUCUCCACCUCGUGAGGCAUCGAACAACUCUUCCAUAACUACAACACCUACUGGUGAACCACCUAACAUCUUAGACGUGCCGCGGUCGAAUCCCGACGACGAGCAAAGACCUCGCCGAAAAGCACCCCGCCGCGCCACCAAAGGAGAAGAUGAAGCAUCGCUACGACGACCACUCCAUCAGCGACAGCUGUCUGCUGUAUCGCCCGUCAAGGAUGAUCACUCUCGCACAGACAGUGCUUUCAUGCCCGGCGAAGAUGUCAGACCCAGUCCGUCGUCGCAACAAACCGAAGGGACGGGCAGCCCAGGCGAGGUCCAAGGCCACCCGAUCGUGUUCAACCCGGACUCAGCAUUCGUAUAUCGCACCCGCUCGCUUUCACCAGGAGAUGGCAGAGGCCCAUCGCCGACAUUGACAGAAAUGAUGAUGCAAGACGGCCAUCAUAUUGACGCUUCACAGCUGGACUUUGUGCCCUUUUCCAUGCCCGAAGACUACCAGUUCCCCAUGUUCUCGACAGGAUCACACGACCCAGGGAUGCAGGAUAAUAACAACAUUUUCGCCGACAUCGAUUUAAUUGGCCCGAUUCAGCCACUCGACAUAGACACUUUCAUGUGGCCUUCGCGUUUGCAGACACCAGCUUCUCCAGACCUCAAUGGUGCCAUGUGGCAUACCGAGAUGCCCAGCCCUUGGGGCCACCCAGACAUGCCCUUCGACAGCGACGAGACGUUAAUGACUCGUUUUGACACCAUAACCUGUGGUGUACUCUCAGUCAUCGAUGGACCAACGGAGAAUCCGUGGCGCAGCCUGAUCAUGCCACUGGCCAAGCAGUCGACGGGCUUGUAUCAUGCACUUCUGGCUUUGGCUGCUUUCCACGGCGCCCAAGACACCCCUCGCCUGCGUUAUGUAGGCGCUCACCACAAAGAUAUUGCGAUGCAGAACAUUCGCGAAGGGCUUCGAGAUGACACAAUGCUAAAUCACGCAGCGAUCGCCACCGCCCUUGCACUGGGUUUCGUCGAAGCAUGGGAGAGCAAUGUCAAGACUGGCAACGCACACAUCAAUGGAGCCGCUGCUCUGGUCAAGAAGGCUCUCAACGCGCAUCACGAGGAUCCGCAUCAGGGUGAAGAUCUUGCAAGACUAAAGUUUCUCUGCAACGCGUGGGUGUACUUGGAUGUCAUUGCAAGAGUGACAGCAGUAGACGCCAACGACAGCACGGAUUUUGACAAUGCUCUAUGGCCACCGAAUGAGACACCCGAUGUAAGCACUGGACACAAUGAGCCUGGUUUUGGUAUUAAUUUCGGAAUGGGCAUUGAUGCUCGACUUGACCCGCUGAUGGGAUGCGCCGGCACAUUAUUUCCGCUCAUCGGCCAUGUUGCGAACCUCGUUCGCAAGGUGUGCAGAUCGCAGAGGAAUCCAAUCGGCGUGAUCAGCCAGGCCAGAGAUUUGAUGGAAUCACUGGAGAAGUGGGAGCCACCCGCGUACAUCGAGAGACCAGAAGACCCUCUCACGGACGUCCGUCACGCUCUGCAGACCGCAGAAGCAUAUCGAUAUGCCACUAUGCUUCACCUUCACCAAUCAGUGCCCGAGUUGCCUACGCCACUGAACGACGAGCAGUACGCGCAGCGCGUACUUCAAUACCUGGCUACUGUCCCACUCAACAGCAGAAUGCUACUUGUUCACAUCUACCCUCUCAUGAUCGCAGGCUGCCAAGCUGUCGAAAGCGAAGACCGGGACUGGAUCCGACAACGAUGGGGCGUGAUGGGAGCACAGAUGCGUAUAGGCGUCAUUGACAAGUGCGUCGCCUUGACCGAAGAAGUCUGGCGUCGAAGAGACAGCUACGAGGCUAGACCUCCUGAAAAACGGAGACUAAUCGCGACAGCUGACCUCCAGCACGUCAGAAACCGGGGUUCUCCAUUGGCCCGUGACGCGCAAGACGUUCGUAACGCUGAGCCUGGCCGCACCGGCAUGGUCUUUAGUCUCAUGGACAUGGAUGGAACUCGUAGCCCGCCGGCCAGUAGUGACGGGCCCAACAAGAGAAUGCCGCGAGACCGGAAUCCUGAAAUGGGCAUCAGCAAAAUUGAUAUGGCCUACACCGUCCGUGGUCAUAUCAGCUGGGUGGGAGUCAUGUGGGAUUGGGCCUGGGAAGUCCUCCUCGGCUGA